UUAACCCUUAUUCCAAACAUGUAAGGGUUUGGUCUGUUCGCUGACGCGCUGUCUCUCUCUCUUGAAUUCGUUCCAAAUGCAGGAUUUGGGCACCGUCUUCUAGCCCCCCCACUGUCGCUCUCUCAACAAUGGCUCAAACCUCAAUCUCUAUCCUCCUCAUGAGACGCAUCACCAAAGCCUCCCAAAACCCUAAACUCGCUUUCUCCCAUCUCUUUCGUAACCUUUCCCUUAAACCCUACUCCACCUCCUCCUUACCAGACCCACCAAAACCCUCUUCUCUCUCUGCCCGCAUGAGCUUUGUCUUUGAUCAAAUAGAUGCCAUCGAACGUGAACGUCUUCAAAAAGAUGAUACCCUCCAGAGAAUCCGUGCUUGGCGCCAAUCCAAAAAUACCGCUCAACAGCAGCAACAAAACCCAGAAACCAUUACCUCCCACAAUCCAGAAAUAUUGAGCUCGCGUAAUGAAGGCUUAGAGUCUGGAUUUAGAGAUAAUGAUGAUUCUAGUUUGAAUAUGAAUGAGAGUAACUCUGUCCUGCUGAUGAAGAAAACUGAGAUGGAGGUGGUUCACCCGUGGCCAGAAUGGAUAGAAUUGAUGGAAAGGUUGGUGCAUCAGAAUUACUUUGAUCAUAGAAGGAGAGAUGAGGAUAAAAUGGUUCAAGAUAUGGGGUUUGAUCCUCAUUAUGCGGGCAAUGAUGAUUACACUGGAAUUGACUUUAAGGAUUUCAAGACUGUACAAACAGCUUGCGUGAAUUUUGGCAAAGACCGGUUUGAUAUCUUUAGGUCAUUGUCGAGACAAGAUAUUCAAAUUUUGGUUGGCCAUGGGUGCCCAAGUGCAGACAAGAAGGUUGUUUUCUCUGCAAAACUUUUGAGGAAGCAUGUGCACCUUGAUGAAGGUGAUGUUUGUAGCAACUGCAGUUUGAGAAACUCUUGUGAAAGGGGAUAUCUGCUAACCAAUAAGGAAAAUGAGGCAUGUACCGUUGAUGUUAUGCGGGUUCUUUUAACAUAUGGUUUUGAUCCUAUAAAUGGAUCAGUAGUCAAUGAGUCUCUUCUGAAACAAAAGUCUGUCAAAACUGUAGUUCGUAAGUUACUUCAUGAGGUUGUAAAGCUGAGUGCAAUUCCUAUAGAUCCUAACCUCCCACCUCCAGUUAUUAAAAAGCCCCCGCCAAAAGUGAAGCAACCUCCUCCUCCUCCAAAGAGACGAGUUGGACGAGAUGAUGUUGAGAUGAAAAAGGGGGAUUGGCUUUGUCCCAAGUGUGAAUUCAUGAAUUUUGCCAAGAAUACAUUGUGCCUACAAUGUGAUGCGAAGCGGCCCAAGAGACAGUUGCUUCCAGGAGAGUGGGAAUGCCCAGAGUGCAACUUCUUAAACUAUAGGAGAAAUAUGGCAUGUUUCCAUUGUGAUUGCAAGCGUCCACCUGAUGAAUUUAUUGAAAAUAAAAUGGAACAGAUGCAACAUGUUCAUGAAAAAAGAUCGGGGAAGAGUCGCCCAGAAUUUUCUAAUGCCUGGAAUUUUGACUUUGACGACGAUGAAUCUGAUGGUGCUGAUGUUGCAGCUUUUGAGUAUGCAGAUCCUGCAGCUAUGAAGGAAGAAUCUCCUUUGGGAACUCCAGCUCAGGGAGGAAAUUUUAGAGGGCUUGAUGAUGAUCUUAACAUAACAAGCAGAAUUCCUAGGGUUCGUGAAAGAGAAUAUUCUGAUCCCAGACCUAACAGACAUGCAAUUGGGUUUGAUGAUUUUGACGAUGAAGAUGAUGUUGACAGUUAUGAGCUAGAUACUGAAAACAAUAGUCCUGCGUUGAAGGAAACUCAAAAUAAGUUUACUCGACAAGACAUCUCUGAAUUGGAAGAUGAUGAAAGUUCUGAUGAUGAGUUGCACACUCAUUCUAGGAAAAGUCCUGAAUCUUACAAUAAGCCAUCUAAGCAUAAGCAUAAAAAGGCAGCUUUAUUGGGCUCAGAGGAUGACGAAUUGAACAUUGAUUCAGAUGAAGAAAUUUCAGUUAGUCGCAAAUGGAAAUCUAGUCAUGUCUUUGAUGCUAAACAUAAAAACAGAGGUAGAAGUGCAACUGGUCUAUACAGGGGAUUAAGUUUUGGGUCAGAUGAAGAAGUUGAGCUUGAUUCUGGUGCAGAUGAUUUUGAUGAAGAUUUUAGCUCCAGACAAAGGAAAGGAAAUAAGCCGGAUUUUGGCAGAAGGAACUAUCGGAGACAUUCUGAUAAUGAUGAGAUGUUUUCCCAGAGAAAAAAUUAUCAGAAGAGCAAAAUGGAAGCUGGUGGAAGACGUGACAAGUUCAGAGGUCGUAGUGAUUAUGACUUUGUAAGAGAUCCAAAGGAUAAGAUUGGGGGCAGAAGGAACUCGUGGAAUAAAGAUUUUGAUAGAUCAUCUCACAGUUCACGUGGUGAAAACAGAGGAUUCCAAGAUAAUGGUCGAUCCGAACGUAGAAUGAAUGGUCGCGACUUUCAAAAUUUCAAGGGGCCAAGACAAGAAAGAUUUCGAAACCAGCAACGAGGUCAAUCCAGUGAUUAUAAGAUGGACAAGGACAAGGAUUUUGGUGGUGAGUUUAGAAACAGCAGACGAGUAAUUGAAAGGUAAAGUUGAACCAUGGAUGAUUUUUUUAUCUGCUGGUUAUGCAGAUGACUAUCAUUUCAGCUCCCAGUUAUCAUAUCAAAUGGUCAUUCACAGAUAUUAACUCAGGAAGUUAGAAAAUGGUAAAUGGUGAUCCCCCAAUCUGCAGAUUCUCAAUCAGAUUCAGCAAUUUUAUGGAGUCGCAGACUGCAACUAGCUGUCCCGCCCAGAUUGGUAAUGUGCCUCUCAAUUAGCAGCUGCUUGUCAUUUUCUGCAAGGUAGUCCAACGGAAUUGGAUUCUCUGUUGGCCUCCAUGUAUGAAAUGUACGCUUGUGUUCUCAUCUUUCUGAGAUCUAAUAUGGUUGGUUCUUUAGAUUCAACAGUUUUCUUGGUUAUUUUGAUUAGGGUUCAAUGUGGGUAGCUACUCAUGCUCAAUAAAAAUAUUUCUUUUAAUGCC